AUGCAGUCCUGGCCGCAGGGCCAGAAUGGUGGCGAUGACAAUAGUUCGUGGGAGCAGAACUUCAAUUUUGCUUCUCAGAAUGGUCAUUUCGACCGGGAUCAGGCAUGGCCCCAACCUCUGGGAGAUCAAGAUGCCUAUACAAGACCGAUAGACCCUGCGGAGGCAGCAGCUGGCUUCCUCCCCGACCCCCAGGCCAUGUUGUCGAGCUAUCAGGAAGGACAUGGGUCUUUUGGCAUGGCAGACCAGUAUUCUGCUCACGAUGUUCUCGACCCGUCCUUCAGUAAUCUCCCGCCGGAUCUCUAUGGCCAGCAGGAUAAGCUGGACCUUGGCGGCACUGGUAUGCACCAUCACAUGAACCAGUUUCAACCUCAUCCCGAGGCUCACCCCCAAGGGUUCCCGGUGAACAGCUACGCUGCAGCCUUUGAACCCAUGCCUCAAGGUGAGCAGCCAACACCGCCUCCCGCGCAGCCUCAGCAGCAACGCCAGCAGCAGCAUCAGUACGGUGCAGCUACACCUCAGUACACCCAGGCCCAGCUGAUGUCGCAACAAGCUGGUCGUCAAGGCAGUCAUACGCCUGUUUCGCAGCAGUUCGCUGGCAUCCAGCCCACCUACGCGCAGGCUCAGCUCCAGCAGACGCACACACCUCCCGUACAGCACGCCCAGCCGUAUUCCCUGGAUCCCUCGUUUGUAGGAGCGCCGGCACCCCCACCCCAGCCCAAUGGCCAGGCAGGGAACUACCAGCUGAAUCCGGAGUCGAACCACGUUGUCUACCAGCAGCAGGCCCCAGCAUCUUACACACAACCACCGUAUACUGCCCCAGAUACCCUCGAUUAUCAUCAACACCCGGCAGCCAACCCACUCUUCCAACCACCUAUUCAGCAGCAACAGCAGCAGCAGCAGCAGCAACAACAACAACACCAACAUCAGCAGACAAUCCAGCAGACGAUCCAGCAGAACGAUUUUCACGGCCAGCCAGCCUACGGGACUGUGCCAUCUCAGAAUGGAACUCCUCAGCCGCAGCAGCCUGCCCUCUAUGAGCACCCAGCACCAUCGCCAGCCCUAGAAGGUCCGGCAAAGAAGAGGCAGCGGAUCACCAAGCCAGCCGCUGCCUCUCCUAUUCCCGAACCACCGCAGUCCAUCGGCUCACCUAUCGAGCCAAUGGGCAAGAAAAUUGAAGAGCUCGACUCCCUUGUGGCACCGACUCCCACCCCGGAAGAGGCCCAUAUGGUGCAGCAGUUUCAGAAAAGGAGAAAGGGUGCCCAGCCAAAGUUCCUCCCCAUCAAGGGCCUCCCCAACCUUGCUUACGAAACCACCGUCAAGCUUCCAGCCCCAAAAAGCUACGACAAGCUGGCCCCUCUGGUGGCUGUCCCGUCGCGUAGCAAGAACCCUAUCAUCGCUGAGUUUGGCUACGAUAUUCCCUGCGAAAUCCAGGGGAAAUUCACAAGCCAGUACCGUCCGGCGUUUGACAAGAUUGGCCUAGAGCAGAGGAGGAUCGAGGCGAAGCCACUUCUCGACGAGUUUGACAAGUCGAUGAAGUCGCUGGGUAAGAAACGCCCUAAAUACACUGAGUAUCCUCACUCGUUCAAGGAACAGCUCAAGUCGGACGAAGCUACCAAGAACAAAGCAGAGAAGAAGGCGAAGAAGGAACAGGAGGAGGAGCGCAACAAGAAGCUUCGGUCUGACACUCGUCCCGUCGACCCUGUCGAGGCAGCCGCGUGGGACGCUAUGCGCAUCGUCAGCAUUGGCGAGUCUGUCCCCAAGACGAAUGCCUUCGUUGCUGGACGGGUUCAGCAAGCCGGAGAUUUUUUUAUCAAGCUCCGCGGAGAAAUGAAUCAGACCAAGCAGGACUACGACCAAGCAGUCAAGGAGGCUGUGACCCCGGAGAAGCUGGCUGCAUUCAAGAAGGAGAUGGAUAUCAAGAGGAAUGCCUUCCACCGUGCGCUGGACGCCACCAUCGAGCACGCCGAUGAUUCCAUUAUCGACAAUCUUGGCGGCCAUCAGAAGCUGGUGCUUAGCCUGGUGAACGUACUCAUUGCAUCCAUCAAGGCUGCCGAUUUCAGCGGCAAGCUCCCCAAGGUUGUUCUUGAGUUCUUCACCAUUGUUCCCAUGAAUAGGAAGAUCGCCGAGACGCCCAACUUCGAUUCAGUGCGGAAGCGGUUCGCCGACAAGGGCGACGACGAGAUCAAGGAACUGGUCCGUGAAAUCUCUGCCAAAGUCAAGAGAACGUUGAGAGUACCCGAGCCGGAGACGGUGACGGGGUACAUGGGUACGUCUGCGGCCAGCAGAGCAAAGGCUGCUGCUGGAAAGGCUGCCACGGCCUCUUCGAAGAGGGGCAGAGAGGAUGACGCCUCUGCGGACAGCCGAACUGUGAAGAAGGUAGCGGUUGAAUCUGGCGGCGGUUCUCUCAGCAAGAAGCUAGCACAGCCCAAGAUUCAGCUCCAAUCGGCCUCAAAGGUACCUGGUGGUGCCAAGGCGAACUUGAGCAUUGUAGGAGACAAAUCUCGCUCUGUAGCAAAGCCUGCGCCCAGGUCAGAUGGCCCCGCCAGCGGUGAUGUUCCCUCAGCCGCAGCGGCAGAGGCAAAGAAGUCUAUCCCUUCGAAGCCGGAUGCAAAGCCCCCCGCUCCGAAGACGAGCACAUCAACUCCGUCUACAUCCAGCAGUGCCUUGUCAGGCAUUGCAUCCCUCCUCGAUUCCAUCAAUGCACCCCGAGCCGAGACACCGCCGGCAGCCCCGAAGGAAAGCAAGGAUUCCGAGACGCCAGAGACGGAAGAAGAGAGGGCUAAGCGUAUACGGAAGGAGUCCCGGCGCAAGCUCCGUGUGAGCUGGAAGCCCGAGGCGGAUCUGGUACAGGUCAAGGUGUUCGAGAAGGAGGACGAGGAAAACGAAGGUCGCGACAUGAACAUUCGUGAUGCAGCCGACGACAAAUCUGAAGGAAUGAUGCUUAAGCAGCGGGCCGACGUGGAGGGCGAAGAUGACGAGGACGAAUACGUCCCGGAUCAACCUUGGCUCGCACCCGAAGCAACAGACUUUUCUGCCCUGGAUGAGGAACGGCGGAACCGAAAUUUUACGACGCGUGGUGGCCGUAUAUCCUUCACGACGAUUGAGCAGGAGCGUAUUGCCCAGAGGGAGCAGCGCGAGCUCAUGGCCAUCUACACCGAUAUGAACGACAUUCCACCGACGCCCAAGUCGCCGCCUCCGGAGCACCAGGAACCCCGGACGGAUGUCAAGGUGGGCACUCUGCCCCAGGAGCCACAGUUCGAGGAGAUCUUGGCUCGCUGGAGGGACGAACAGCAGCUGAGCCUCGACGGCGCCCUCUACGCCGCGACGCAGCGCCUCAAUGCCAGGGCCAGCCCAUACAAUGUACUGGAUGCGAUCCUUGGCCGGCUCCAGUCGUCGACGUCUCAGGGCCAAAGAAGAAGCGUGGCGAGUGGGAACGAUACCAAUGUGCCGCUCGUUGCAGGCAGCAGAGUUGCUGAGCAGACCGUUGCAUGGCUGAAGUCAGACAAGGCGGUCAGAUGGCGUGACCCGAGCCCUCUACACCCGGAUCUCAGCAAGCCCUUCCACUACAGUGACCCUGGUAUUCAGGGAAUCGGUGCAGCCGUUGAGAUCGUGGCCAAGGCGCUGGCCGGCAAACCCUUCCCGGCCACAGAGCCUCCCGAAUGGCUGGCUGAGAACGAGGAAAGGGUACGCGAGUGGUGGGCGGUGUUCAACAAGGAGGCUACUGCCAGGGAGAAGCGGGCCGAGAAAGAACGGGCUCAAGCCGAGGCAGCUGCCAAGAUGCAAGACUGGGCAGCUUACUACGCCCAGCAGCAGCAGCAGCAGCAGGCAUAUGCCCCUUACAUGGCUAUCCUGCAGCAGCUGAAUGGAGGCCAGGACGUGAAUCAGGCACAGCAGCAGCAGCAGCAGCAACAGCAGCAGCCGGCGGCGGACAACCAACUCCAGGCGAUUCUGGCAGCCAUGGGUCAGCAGCAGCAGCAGCAAGGCCAGAGUGCACAGGCAACCUACAACCCGAGCGACCCGACAUACCAGCAGUACCUGUUGCUCGCGCAGAUUGCUCAGAGCCAGCAACCCCCCCAGCAGCAGCAGCAGCAGCAGCAGCAGCAGGCGGCUGAGGCGCAGCCUGAUCACCAAGGGUGGGAUGGUGGUCUCGACCAUGAGCGUGACUGGCACGACCGGGAGCGUCGCCAUGACCGCUACGAGGACUACGACCGGCCGGACAGCGGCGGCAGAGGAGUCCACAAGGACAAGAAGAAGAAGCCCGGGCCUUCGACGAUCCACAAGCCCCCUAACGCGGCGCUGAUUGGCACCAAGCCGUGCACAUUUUGGCAGCAGGGCAAGUGUGCCAGGGGGGACAAGUGCACAUUCAGGCACGACUAA